AUGUCAAAUGAACUUGAGAUCGAUGAAAAAAGUGUACCUAAUAUUGAAGAUGAAUUAUCUGAAGAUAAUAGCUAUAGCUCAGAUGAUACAAAUGCCCAACAACUGCUUUCCAAUAAAGAA